GCCUCUAAUGUUAUUGUAAAGAACAGUCCGUUUCUGUGUUCCGAGCAGUAAGCAGCUAAAGAAUGCCAACGUUCAGCCAUUUAAUGCCAAGUCGGUUGAUAACUUGGCCGGUAGCAAUAGGCCUUGCGGCAUUUCUUAUCAGGCGCUAUGUGCAGAGUGGACAAUUCGAAAAGGAAACUGAUGAAACUGGCAAGGUUGUGAUCGUAACCGGCUCAAAUAUGGGUAUUGGCAAGGAGACUGUUCUGGAGCUGGCAAGACGAGGCGCCACAGUGUAUAUGGCCUGUCGAAAUAAGAGUAAGACGGAGCAGGCUCUUAAGGAAAUUAUUGAACAGACGGGCAACAACAAAAUAUUCUUUCGGGAACUGGACCUAUCGUCUCUAAAAUCAGUGCGCAAAUUUGUCUCCAACUUCAAGGAAGAACAAGAUGAGCUGCACAUUCUCAUCAACAAUGCCGGCGUAAUUCUGGAAACACGCGGCCUAACGGAGGAUGGCUUCGAGAUGCAACUGGGUGUUAACCACAUGGGUCAUUUUUUGCUAACCAUUUUGUUACUCGAUCUGCUGAAGAAAUCUGCACCCAGCCGCAUUAUAAAUGUGUCUAGCCUGGCCCACACAAAUGGUGAAAUCAAAGUGGAUGAUCUGAAUAGCGAGAAGAACUAUCAGGGGGGCAAAGCUUACAGUCAGAGCAAAUUGGCCAACGUAAUGUUUACGCGUGAGUUGGCUAAACGCUUGGAGGGCACUGGUGUAAGCGUUAAUGCUUUACAUCCCGGUAUGGUGAACACGGAAAUUGCUAAAAACUUUAUAUUAGCCCAAACGAAACUCGUACGAUUAUUUGCUAAACUUCUUUUCAUGCUAUUUACGCAAGAUGCCAAGAGUGGCGCACAAACCACAUUGUAUGCAGCUCUGGAUCCGGACUUAGAUGGCGUAACCGGACAGUACUUUAGCGAUUGUAAGCCAAAGAAAGUCGGACACGCUGCCACCGAUGAGAAGGUUAGCCAAUUCCUGUGGGAGGAGAGCAUGAAGUGGACAGGCGCACCGAAAGUUAUUUGAGUUAAAGCAUUGGCUUUUAUUUCACAUUGGAUAGUUGCAGCACUUGCCGGGAUUAUCGCAGUUCAGCAUACUAUUUAAGUGUAAUACUAAUCCGCCUAGCAAGCACUUGAUUAAAUUAGUAACAUAAAUAAAUUUCCAUAUAUAAUGCAU